AUGCCUAACGGGUUCCCCAACUUCCGCUCUGUGCCCGAGGUCUAUCAAAGACCAAGACCUAUCAUCAAGCCCACGAAGAAGCCAGUCAGAGGCUCUGCCGAGUCUUUCUACAGUGAUACCGAGACCCUCAAAGAUUUACCUCACAAAAAGAGCACGUGGAAAUCAAUCAUCGAUGUCUCGCAUCUACAAAUACAACAGAAUGAGUCUCAGAGUACCGCUUGUGAUCAAGCUGUCGAAAAGCUCAAGGAAGAUUCUCCGGUAAUGGCUGAAACUCGCAAUGUUGAACCUCCAGAAUCAGGCAAACCUAAGAGAAAGCCGUCAUUCUACCUGGCCGUUCUCUCAUUGAUGUUGGUCAUUCUAAUUGUAUCAUUAGACGCGACUGCCUUAUCAGUUGCGAUUCCAAUCAUUACGAGCGACCUCGAUGGCACUUCCCUGACAGCAUUCUGGGCUAGUAUUUCGUUCAUGCUUGCUGUAGUCAUUGUACAGCCUAUCUAUACGAGUGUAUCAGACGUUCUCGGUCGAAAGAUUGCGUUGUAUACCGGGUUUAUCCUAUUCUUUAUCGGGUCAAUCAUCUUCGCUGUCGCCAAUUCAAUGUCAAUUCUGAUACUUGGGCGUGUGAUACAAGGCCUCGGUGGCGGUGGACUGGACGUGCUUAAUGAAAUUAUCAUUGCGGAUAUCACAACCUUAAAAGAGCGUCCACUAUACCUUGGGUUAAUGUCUGUUCCUAUGGCGAUCGGAAGUGCUUUGGGUCCUAUACUCGGUGCCGUCUUCAGCGAGUAUGCUACGUGGCGCUGGAUCGGAUGGAUCAAUUUGCCAAUCAUAGCAGUUUCUGCGCCACUCGCGGUGUUUUUCUUGCAUCUAAAGCCCAUCGAGAAAUCAAUGUGGUCACGUUUGGCAAGUCUAGACUGGAUUGGUCUCGUUUUGUUUGCCAUUGGGAUCACGAUAUUUGCCCUUCCUCUUAGCUGGGGUGGUGCAAUGUACCCAUGGUCAUCAUGGAGAACUAUCGUACCUCUUGUUAUUGGCAUUGUGGUUCUUGCAGUAUUUACUGUUUACGAGGCUCGGCCUGCUCAACCUGUUUUCCCAUAUCGCAUUUUCCGCUCCCGUACAGCCGUGGUCACCUUGAUUGGAAGCUUCAUACACGGCAUGGUCUUGUACACUUUGUUGUUUUAUAUGCCUUUAUUCUUCGAGUCAGUAUUUUUGGAAGCGCCUUUGGGGUCUGCUGUUUCAACAUUGCCGCUUCUAUGUAUGGUUACGGCAUUUAGCGGUUUGGCUGCGUGGAUGGUCGAGUAUGUCCGUCACUACCGAUGGGAAAUCUGGCUAGGCUGGGUGUUGCUCACCGUUGGUACUGGUCUGUUUGCUAUAUGGGACAUUCAUUCCUCUUUAGCAAUGAAAGCCACUUUUCAAGUCAUUGCUGGCAUUGGAAUAGGUUCUCUUUUCACUGUGCUCCCUAUGCCUAUGCAGGCGAGUGCACCAACCGCAGAGGAUCAGGGGCUCGCAGUCGGAGUCUUAGUAUCGUUUCGACUCUUCGGUGCACUUGUCGGACUUUCAAUAGGCUCAACGGCAUUUAGUAGCACUUUUAGGCACGGUAUUGCCGGUCUCGGUUCUAGUUUGCCGGAAGCUGUGGCAAUCCUCAAGGAUCCCAAUCAGGCUAUUGGGUUUAUACCCUACUUGAGACAGUUACAAAGUAUAUCUCCCGAGGAUCUCUAUGCCGUUAGGAGUGUCUAUAGAGAUUCCAUGCAAACAAUAUGGUAUAUCUUGACCGGAUUCAGUGGCUUCGGCUUUUUGACAUCUCUUCUCACGGCAAGCCUGACAUUGGAGACUGAGGAGCUGAGCCGGCAAUAUUUUGACGGGAAUCUGGCUUGA